AUGCGCCAGAAGCGGGAAGCGAUUGAAAAGCAGAUCCAAGAGGUUGAAGAGGUUUUGUCGGCAGAUGCAGAUGGGGAUUGCGCAGCAAAAGCAGCCGAACGAUUAGGGUUUCUGUAUGCGGCAAUGGACUCGCUGGACGAAUCCGGCUUAGAAGAGGUUGCAGAGAAGUCGUUGAGAGAAUUAGGAUUCAUUCAACGCGGGGUUCAUGAGACUCCAUGUGGCGAGCUGUCUGGUGGGUGGCUGUAUCGGUUGAAGUUGGCAUCAGCGCUGUUGUCUCGUCCAGAGCUUCUGAUAAUUGACGAGCCGUCGUUCUUGGAUCAACAAGCCACUGAUUGGUUGAUUCGGUUUCUUGGGGAACAAUCUGCGAAGGAGUCCAAUGCCAUCAUUCUUGUUGUUACUCACAAAGAGCAGCUGCUUGACGCCCUUGCCAAACACAUUCUUUACAUAAGCGAAGGAAUGGGUGGGCGAUCGCUCAAGCAGUUUAACGGGUCAUACGAGUCGUUUUUGCACACGCAGGCCCAGGAGACUGAAGUCAAAGACCGCACAAGCAAAGCGACAGCUGCUGAAGAGGCGACUGCAGCUCGGACCGAGAAGCUGUUGAGUCAGCAUGCCAAGAAGGCUGAUGGCGGCUACGCCAAGAGGGUCAACGUUUCCGGUGCCAGGGCGGCGCGUACGAGUGCGAUGUGUGCCGAGCAGAAGCUACAGAAGGCCAUCAAGAAUCGUGCAGCCCAGAUGGAUCGGGUCCGAGAGCGGCUCGAGAAACGCUGUGAGGGGUCGGGCUUGCUAAAGACGCAGGGAAUGGCUGCCUUGACCCUUGCAGGCCAGGCUGCUGGAGAGACCGACGCCGUGAUUUUGAGCGUGAGCGAUGUAAGCUUCGACUACAACGGCAAAAUGCCUGCCACACUCAACAACAUUUGUUGUUCAUUGUGCUCGCGCGAUCGCGUGGCACUGGUAGGAGAGAAUGGAGCUGGCAAGAGUACCCUUCUAAAGCUCAUCGUUGGGGACCUCAAGCCGCGUCAGGGCGAGGUGCGGUAUCCACAUCCUCUGCGAAUCGUUUAUUUUCCUCAGAAUGCAGCGAUGGAGUUGGUGCUCAACCCAGAGCUCGCAGACUUGACCAUCACGGGGUUCAUUCAGCAAGUCGCCUCUGGGAAAGUACGUCCAGUGGGCCGACAACAUCAGCAAGAGUGUGGGUGUGAAAACACGUCCGAGAUGUCGGCUCUUGCCGCGCGCGCUCACCUGGGUUUUUUCGGCCUCACCAAGACCCUGGCGAGCCGACGUGUUGCGUUGCUGUCCACCGGGGAGCGCACGCGGCUGUACCUCGCUGCGCUGAUGGUUGGGUUCCAGAAGGACAAGCCACCAAACUUAUUGAUUCUCGAUGAGAUCUCAGACAAUCUCGACGUCGAUACUGUGGACGGCCUCGUGGAUGCGUUGGAUUCCUUCGACGGCGCUGUGCUUGCCGUAUCCCACGACCGCACAGAGUUUCUCGACAGGUUUGCAACGCAGCAAUGGCAGCUGCAGCAGGGCAAGUUGAAAAUAUCAAGAGAAAAGAUUAUCAUCAAGUGA